UAUAAACACUAUUUCAGCUUCGGAAAUUUAGUAUAUCCCCUUUUUUAUUUCAUGGCUAUCAAUAAUAAAAUACCAAAAUGAAAGAUUUUGUUCCUAGAAAGCUUCAAAUCUGAUUUCAAAUCUUAAAAAAAGUUUAUCAUUUCGACCCUGGAGCUCAGUGCUGCAAAACGCCAUCUCCUACAUCAAUUCCAGAUCCGGUAAUUAGUGCGAAAGCUUAAUUAUACGUUAAAAGCUAACGGUUUGGUUCAACCUUGGCAAUCCGGUUUGACUUGAAGCAACUGAGCUCUAAUUUUGCAUUACGCUGGACCGCAAAGCGCAUCUCAGUGAUUUACUGUCUCUUAUCUGGAAUGUACAAUCCGAGGUGCAAAGACCUUGACCGGGACUAUUUCCCCAGCUAUCACACGACCAGGUUUCAGGAUCAGCCGGAACCGAAUUUGGCCAUAUUGGAGCACUUUGUGCGGGUGACCAAGCAGCAUGAAAGGGAUCUGACCGAGAAGCAGGGCAUCACUGUGGACCACAUGCGCUAUGGAGGAGGUCGUCAGUUGGUGGAUAUGUUCUACAGCGAUAGGACCUCCAACCAUGCACCGCUGUUCGUCUUCGUGCACGGUGGCUACUGGCAGGAGAUGGACAUAAGCACGUCCUGCUCGAUUGUGGGCCCCCUAGUGCGGCGUGGAUACCGUGUGGUCGUCAUGGACUACAACCUGUGCCCGGAGGUCACCCUCGAGCGGCUGAUGUCCCAGUUCACCGACUUCCUCAACUGGAUCUUUGACUACGCCGAAAUGACCAACGUGCAGGAGAUGACCUUCGCCGGACACUCGGCAGGUGCCCACUUGCUGGCCCAGAUACUAAUUCGCCCUAAUGUGAUUUCACCCCAGAGGAGCAAGAUGGUGUGGUCUUUGGUCUUCCUGUGCGGCGUCUACGAUCUGAGGGAGCUCUGGAACCUGGAAUCGGUUAAUCCCAAAAAUAUUUUGGGGCUCAACGAGCGGAAUGUGGAGUCCGUGUCACCGAUGUUGUGGGAAUACACCGAUGUAUCCGUUUGGAACUCCACCAAGAUCUAUGUGGUGGCCGCAGAGCAUGACAGUAUCACCUUCAUCGAGCAGAGUCGCCACUUUUCUAAGGUGCUGAGAAAGAAGGGCUACAAAGCGAGCUUCACGCUCUUCAAAAACUACGACCACUUCGACAUCAUCGAAGAGACGGCCAUCGAUGAAUCGGAUGUAUGCCGUUUCCUGCGCAACAUUCAAAUUGAAUAAACCGAGCGCAGUUUUGCUUUCUGUCAUCA